AUGAAGAUGGUGUUGCAGGGUCUGUUCUUGGUUGCUAUUUUCUUCAACCUUGCAUACACGCAGCUGGUCAAGGGGCAACUUGGCAAGGAUUGCCAAACUAGAUGUGGCAACGUCACCAUCCAUUACCCUUUCGGCACAUCUCCGGGUUGCUACUUCGGCGACGAUAGCAGUUUCAGACUCACCUGCAACGACGUCCAAGGGAAGCUACUCUUUCGCGGCAAGAUGCAAGUGAUUAACAUUUCCCGCAGUGGUGAGCUGCGCAUCCGGAAUAGGAUUGCCCACUCUUGCUCCUACAGAAAUAAUUUCACACACUCACUCGAGUCAUUCGAGUCACUCGACAACGAAAUUCAUCUAGGCAACUUAAGUCUUUCGGACAAGAACUGCAGGUUUACUUCAGUAGGCUGUAACACUUACGCGUACAUGACGACUAUUAGUGACGAUCGAAACUACACAACCGGAUGCUUGUCGGUAUGCGAUUCUCCUCCAGUGGCAAACGGGUCGUGUUCUGGGGAAGGCUGCUGCCACACCCCCGUCCCUAAAGAGAGCAAUCACUUAAUAAUCUCGUCAGGUCGCUUUGACCACCAGAUGUCUGUUAAUAACUCUAAUCCUUGCGACUACGCCUUUCUUGUCGAAGAUGGUAUGUAUAACUUCAGCUCUACAGAAGAUCUUAAGAAUCUGCGGAAUAUCAGGGAGUUCCCUGUGGUGCUAGAUUGGUCAAUUGGAGACCAGUCAUGCAAGCAAGCUGGAAACACAAGCAUUUGCGGUGGGAACACCACUUGUUUCGACUCUCCUCGUGGAAAAGGAUAUUACUGUAACUGUACACAAGGUUACGAGGGGAAUCCCUACCGUCCAUACGGUUGCCAAGAUAUCGAUGAGUGUACUCAUACUAUCCACAAACAUAACUGCUCGGAUCGCAGCAUCUGUGAAAACAAGCUUGGAAGCUUCAGUUGUAAGUGCUUAUCAUCUCGUUACCACUUAAACCACACCGACAAUAGAUGCAUGCGUACACCCAAGCCCAAAUACCUUGAAUGGACUGAGAUUUUUCUUGGGACCACUAUCUUCUUCCUCGUCAUCCUGCUUGCCGUUACCUGUGUACAGCUGUGGAUCAAGAACCGGAAGGACACCGAGCUCCGUCAACAAUUCUUCGAGCAGAAUGGCGGCGGGAUGCUGAUGCAGCGACUCUCAGAGGCAGGGCCUUCAAAUGCUGAUGUCAAAAUCUUCACCGAGGAAGGCAUGAUGGAAGCCACUAAUGAUUAUGAUGAGCGCAGGAUCCUGGGACAGGGAGGCCAAGGAACAGUAUACAAAGGUACGAUGCCGGACGGAUCAACUGUCGCUAUAAAGAAAGCUCGGCUUGGAGACAACAGCCAAGUAGAGCAGUUUAUCAACGAAGUCGUCGUGCUUUCCCAAAUCAACCACAGGAACGUGGUCAAGCUCCUGGGCUGCUGUCUGGAGACUGAGGUCCCCUUGCUGGUCUAUGAGUACAUCGCGAGUGGCACCCUCUUCGACCACUUGCACGGUUCCCUGGCUGAUGCUUCUCUUACAUGGGAACACCGUCUGAGGAUAGCGAUAGAAGUCGCAGGGGCUCUUGCAUAUCUGCACUCCUCUGCCUCGAUUCCAAUCAUCCACCGCGAUGUCAAGACGGCUAACAUCCUCCUGGACGAAAACCUAACCGCAAAAGUAGCAGACUUUGGUGCUUCAAGGCUGAUACCAAUGGACAAAGAGCAGCUCACAACUAUUGUGCUAGGGACUAUGGGUUACUUGGACCCGGAAUACCAUAACACAGGGCUGCUGAAUGAGAAGAGCGAUGUUUUCAGCUUCGGGGUAGUACUGAUGGAGCUUCUCUCUGGCCAACAAGCACUGAGCUUUGAAAGGCCCCAGCAGUCAAAACAUCUAGCGAUGUACUUUGCUUCUGCUAUGAAAGAGCAAAGGUUGGAUGAGGUUAUUGACGGCCAACUGUGGAACGAGGGUACCCAGAGGGAGAUCCAGGAAGCUGCACGAAUUGCCAUCGAGUGCACAAGAAUGACGGGGCAGGAACGGCCAAAAAUGAGACAAGUGGCUGCAGAGCUUGAGGCUUUGGUUGUCACUGAAGCCAAGCAUCCGUGGUCGGAUCCCUAUCCUGAGCCUAUGGAGAUUGAGCACUUGAUCGGGGUUGGAACCUUUACAGAACAAGGGGAAACCAGUGGCACUUCAGCGUCAAGAACUUCUUUAUGGUAG